CUCCCCACCUCGCCCAUUAAAGUUUCUGCGCAAUCACAACAUCACUCAUAACCCCGCCACAACACACCACACACCAUGGCCGAAGCCGCGGGAAGCGUCCCCACCUUCAAGCUCGUGCUUGUUGGUGAUGGUGGUACCGGAAAGACCACUUUCGUCAAGCGCCACUUGACUGGAGAGUUCGAGAAGAAGUACAUUGCGACGCUCGGUGUCGAGGUCCACCCUCUCGGCUUCACCACGAACCUCGGACAGAUUCAGUUCGACGUCUGGGACACCGCCGGUCAGGAGAAGUUCGGUGGACUCCGUGAUGGAUACUACAUCAACGGCCAGUGCGGUAUCAUCAUGUUCGACGUUACCUCGCGUAUCACCUACAAGAACGUCCCCAACUGGCACCGUGACCUCGUCCGCGUCUGCGAGAACAUCCCCAUCGUCCUCACCGGCAACAAGGUCGACGUGAAGGAGCGCAAGGUCAAGGCCAAGGCCAUCACCUUCCACCGAAAGAAGAACCUCCAGUACUACGACAUCUCGGCCAAGUCCAACUACAACUUCGAGAAACCCUUCCUCUGGCUCGCACGAAAACUCGUCGGCAACCAGACCCUUGAGUUUGUCGCCGCCCCCGCCCUUGCCCCCCCGGAGGUCCAGGUCGACCAGGCUGUGCUUGACCAGUACCAGAAGGAGAUGGCGGACGCCGCGCAGAUGCCUCUGCCCGACGAGGAGGACGCUGACUUGUAGAUACGGUCUUAUGGACUCGCCUCGGCAGCAUCCAAGGGCUGCACGAGCGCUGCGACGGAUUCACGAGCAUGAUAACGGGCAUCUAGCGUUUGGAAUAGUUUGGGGGCAAGCAUGCGUGCGGACGAACGAACAUUACUAGCGAAAAUGGGUCUAGAUGAAAGGAGUAG